AUCUUCGAAGCUCCUCCUGGUGCUCCACGUCGAUCCCUGCCACGCAAUUGCCCCGCCUCGUCACCUCAGGAACAUCGUCGCAGAAGACACACAUUUGUUCCAGGACGUGAAUUCAUACUGUCAGAACAAUAUAAAAAUCCUACAACAUGCAGUCAGGAAUAUCAGCUUCCCAGGAGCUUCAGACGGCUUUCCAGUCUCUCGUGUCUUCCGAAGACCAACGAGGUCUCCUCUGCACCAUCACGAAAGAAUCACUCACGCCCUUGACUGUCCUCAGCCCUGCUACAUCUUCGUUCUCCGAUGAUCUUUCGCUCCUCGCGCCACAUCUGCAACCAAAUGUAGCUCUUUACAUCAUCCUGCGGCGUUAUGCUAGCACCGAGAAUGCGCCAUUCGUCGCAAUCACAUAUGUUCCCGACUCGGCCCCAGUGCGACAGAAGAUGCUCUUUGCAUCGACACGUCUUACACUAGUCAGAGAGCUGGGGAUCGAGAGGUUUCGGGAAACUAUAUUUGCAACGACCAAGGAGGAGUUGACCACUCAAGGCUUUGAGAAGCACGACAAGCACGUAACGCUCGAAGCACCUCUUACUGAAGAGGAACAGAGUUUGGGAGAGGUGAAAAGGAAGGAAGCCGAAGAAGGGAGAGGUAUGAACGAGAGAAAGAGUCAUGUCAGCUCGGGAGUUAGUAUGCCCGUCAGUGAUGAUGCUUUACUGGCACUGAAAAGUCUUGCUGCUGGGGGAGACAAUCUGGUGCAAAUAAAAAUAAACAUUGCAACAGAAACUAUGGAGCUAGCCUCCAGUACCUCGACACAAAUCUCGUCUCUGUCUUCGACCAUCUCAGCUACCGAACCUCGAUACUCCUUUUACCGCUACGAGCACACUUACAAUGGGACUUCUUCCUCCCCUAUUCUCUUUAUAUACACAUGCCCUUCUGGCUCGAAAAUCAAGGAGCGUAUGCUGUAUGCAGCUUCGUCCCGCUCGGCAGUACAAAUCGCAGAGGCAGAAGCAGGUCUUACCAUUGACAAGAAAAUCGAAGCCAGUUCUCCCGAGGAUGUCUCUGAAGAGAGCAUCGAAAGCGACCUGCAUCCGAAGGUGGAGGUCAAGAAGGCGUUUGAGAGGCCAAAGAGACCAGGGCGAAAAUAAUUGAUGAAAAUCGAUUCAUGAAUUUACAAGUGCAAAAAGAUAAACAGAGUGCGAAGCUUUCAUUGUAGGGCGCUAUGCUGGACUAUGCUAUUUCCACAGAAACCAAAAUCUCAAUUCCAUUGAAUGGAAUGGCAAGACCAUCCAAAUAUCCAACGCCAUGCACAACUUGCUGUACCGAUAUGUCUAGUUAUUGAAUCUAGAUCGACAAAUAAGAGGUAGGGCCAUCCACAUGUUGACUUUUCUC